AUGUUAAGUCUUGUAAGUACAGAAGAAUGCAAUUCUCGAGUGCACAUAACCAAGGAAACACUCAAGUGCUUGGACGGCGACUACGAAGUGGAAGAGGGCAAAGGUGCUGAUAGGAAUUCGUACCUAAAAGACCAUCAAAUUGAAACCUAUUUAAUAGUGCCCGGCGAUACUUACAGACCGCACAAAAAAUCGCGGAAUCGCCUGCAAGUGAAUGGUAAUAUUUCCAAGGAAUUACGCAUGAUGGGCCACGGCAGCGUGCAGAAGAAUACUUCAAAAUUCGGUUUUGGUGACAGCGCGGAAUGCAAUAAGGAUCCCGAAGAUGAAGUCAAUGAGUAUUUAAUGCGAGCCAUCGAUGCACGCAGCAUUGAUCAUUUGCGCGCCGAGCACUGUCAGUCGGUGUUGCUGUCAUUCAAGGACCACUCCUUGGAGAAGAAAUACGCCUCCGAACCUGAUCGCAUGCUGAGUGUUUACUUCUACUGCAGCUUCGUCGUGAUGCUGGGUACCACGGCAAUGCGUUUAAUUGUAUUUCAACCAAAUUUGCUGAAUAUGGCUAUAUCCAGUCUGGCUCUGGGUAUCAUGAUGCUCAUAGCUCUGUUGGUUGCCUGUCAUGAACUCAAUUUGAAUUUUCCAAUUGGCAUCAAAAGGUUUUCAUUACGAAUUCAUCGGAAUCGUUUGCUAUCACAAUGUUUUGCAUUUUGCACAGUUUCACUGAUAGCACUGACAAAUGUCCUGUCCAUGCUGCAGGAAGUGGCUUAUAAUGAGCUGCUAUUCUAUAACAAUAUGAAGACCUACAGCAACUUCACUUUAGACCUGCUGGCCAACAUCACCGGAGUAUAUACUGUAGUAUCAGCAAAGCCCACCGAAACUCAUUUUCACUGUGAUUACUUUCUAGCAAUUAAUACUUUCCUGCUGUUGACACUGCUCUCCAUGAUGACCUGCGCCACGUACCAGGUUCUGCGAAUUAUGUUGAAGCUAAUUUUACUAUUUUUCGCCUCUGCUUUCUACUCUGGCUUGACGGUUUAUUUGUAUGCGCGAAAGGAGAUUAAAUUAACGCUGGAUAAUGAGGAAACACUGCUGCGUUACAUAAUUGAUUCAAUUUUCCUUUUUGCAUUUAUGCUGGCUUUGAUUUUUCACAGUCACCAAACAGAAGCCACCUACCGUUUGGAUUUCAUUUGGAAAUUACAAGCAACUGAGGAAAAAGAGGAUAUGGAACAUCUGCAAGCUUACAACCGGAAACUGUUGGAAAACAUUUUGCCAGUACAUGUUGCGGAGCAUUUCUUGAGCAGAGAUAAAAACAUCGAUGAUUUGUAUCACGAGCAAUGCGACAGCGUUUGUAUAUUAUUCGCUUCAAUACCGAAUUUUUCAGAAUUUUACGUGGAACUGGAGGGGAAUAAUGAAGGUGUCGAGUGUCUGCGCUUGUUAAAUGAAAUUAUAGCGGAUUUUGAUGAAUUACUUAGUGAGGAACGCUUUCGUUAUAUUGAGAAAAUUAAAAGCACUGGUGCCACUUACAUGGCGGCAUCCGGUUUAACAGCGAACACAUGUGACAAAGUUAAUUUCCGCCAUGUCACCGCAAUGGCGGACUAUUCGCUGCAAUUAUUUGAAAAAAUCGAGGAGGUCAAUAUGCAUUCCUUCAAUAAUUUUCGGAUGCGUGUGGGCAUUAAUAUUGGACCUGUCGUUGCCGGUGUUAUCGGAGCACGUAAGCCACAAUAUGACAUAUGGGGCAAUGCUGUUAAUGUUGCAUCUCGUAUGGAUUCUACUGGCCUAGUGGAUCAUAUACAGGUUACACAGGAGAUUUAUCAAAUUCUUGACACUCGUGGUUAUGAACUCACCUGUCGCGGCAGUGUCAAUGUCAAAGGCAAAGGUUCCAUGAUCACGUAUUUCUUAAAAGCAAAAUUACCACAAACUGAACCAAUUGCAACAACACCAGUUGUUGUUGCAAAUGCAACAACAAUACCAAUAACUGCCGCACAAAGUUGCAUAGCAGCCACAACAACAACAGCAACGACAGUAAGUAACGUGAACGAAAGCAUACCGAACAGUUUGCCAUUGCAUGCCACAAAUCCGGCCAGUGACGUUGCAACAAUAAAACAAUCAACAGCGCCCUUCUCAAAGCAAACCAGCAGCAAUGCUGGCUCAGAAGAUCUUUCACCUGACAUUGACCUCAACUCAAAUAUGCACAGCCUGACUGCACAAAGGCGCAAAUCGCUAUGCCGUCAGCAUAAUAUUUCCUCUUCCUUUGGCACCACAGCAAGUUCCACUGGCAUAACGCCGAGCAUGUCGAAUAGUUCGAGUGUAGUAACCAUUGGCAAUGUGCCAGCGAUUACCAAAAACUCAUCCUCCAUUGAAAAUUCAGCGGAUGGAGGCAGCAAAACAAAUUUUCUUCCUCGCACUUAUGUGGACGAUUUCAAGGACGAACUAACAACCGAGAAACCAACGCUCAAGGACUCAAUUGAAAAUUUGGAAAUUUUACUGAAAAAUAAUAUAAGUUUAUCGGAUCUCAGUAAUAAACAGCAAUUGAAUCUACGCACCACCGAAACCACAAAAAAUCUGAUAAAAAAAGACACAAUUGUUAAUUUCAAGACAGAGACAAUAUCGCGUCGCAAACGCAAGUCCAUCACCACAAUAACGACGACCACGACGCGUCUAAGCCACAGCGACAGCAAAACACAGAAAUCGAAAUUUGAGACUGCAAAUAUUCCUGACGUCCUGGACAGUGUGAAACAAAGAAGCUGUGACGGUCAGAACUCUAGUGAAUGGCAACAAAAAAGUUCACUUGAGCCACAACGCAGUCCUAUUAAAUCUUCACAAUCGAUGAGUCCGAUUGGUCUCUCUACUGAGGUGUUUGUAUUGCCGAAUAGUCGUAGUAUGAUUGUGAUUGGUAGUGCGAGUUCCAAUGCAUUCCUGCUGCAGGAUGUUAGCACCUAAGCAUCCAAACUGGCCAAGUAAAACUAUUUGAAUGUAAGUAUUUGUAAUUUAGUUUUCCAGUAAGUCUGAGUUUGUAUAUAAGGAAAAGAUUUUUUUUUUUGUAUAAAAAUAAAUACAAAAGGAUUAGUGCAGGUAAAUUAGUUUGUAAGAUAAAGUUUGCAUCUAGCUUGGAAUUAUAACGAAUUUAAUAUAUAUAACGGGAAGUUUUGUAAUAAAAACUAAAUACAAAAAUUGUCAUGGGGUUUCAGAAAGUUGGAGUAUAUCGAGCCUAAAAUAUUAGUGGAUAAAAAGGCUGGAUUAAAAAUCUAAAGCAAAGGAAUUGCCAUAUGAAAACGAUCUUUUAAAAAAG